GCUGGCUCCUGACGACUGAGGCUGGCCCUGGUCCUCGCGGCGUGGGUCGCCCCGAGGAGUGCGUGACGGGGUGUGAUGGCGGGCGUGUGCGAUUGUGUGUAAACCACGUCUGGGUGUGUGUGUGUGCGUGUGUGUGUUUGCCGCGCCUGCCUGACCCCUCCCUCAGCAGAGGCAUAGAGGAGGGUUUCCGUGUGUGGGUGCGUAUGAUCGUGCGCGUGGGAGCCUGUGGAGCGCUGUGAUGGGAAAGUGUGUGUGAUUGUGUGUGAGCCCAGUCUGGGGUUGUGGGUAUGCGUUUGUUCCUCUCCAGCCUGCCUAUCCCUUCUCUCCACUGAGGCACAGAGGAGGGGGCUCCGUGUGUGAUUGUACAGAUGUGAGUCGGAGUGUGUGUUCGCUGGUGCAACCCUGCGAGGCCCUCCUGCAGGCCGCUGUCCCUGAGUCGUCGGAGGCUACAGAGCUUCCCACCCUCCCGGGGACGCUGCCAAGGGGCACCAUGGAGGCCCCGGCCCCGAAGCUGGAGGAGACAGGUACAGCUUGGUUUGCUCUGUCCUCUCAGGACCCUGCUUCUCCCUUCAAAGAGAAUCCAGAAGAUAAGGUGGGUCAUGGUCUCCUGGAAGCCAGGUGCGGGGAAUCGGUUACAUUCAAGGAUGUGGCUGUGGACUUCACCCAGGAGGAGUGGGGUCAGCUAGACUCCCCCCAGAGGGCCCUGUACCGGGAUGUGAUGCUGGAGAACUACCGGAACCUUCUUGCCCUUGGACCUCCAGUCUGCAAGCCAGACGUGAUAUCCCACCUGGAGCGAGGCGAGGCCCCGUGGUGCUCACAGAGAGGAGGCCAUGCAGCUGCCUGUCCAGAGUGGGAGCCCCCGCCUCCGAUGAGGGAGGAGCGCAUGUACAAGGAAGAGCCUACCCGGGAGGCGACGCUGGAAAAGCUGAAGAAGCCCAGUCGUCACAGCUGCGUCUGGGGUGAUGCGUGGGGCUGGAAAGAGCAGGCAGAUGCUCUGUCAGGAAGCGAGGGUGUGCUCUGGAAGCCAGCGCCGGCCACCUGUGAGGACGUGUCCAGGGAGCAGGACAGCAGUCCGGGGCUCGGCGAGUCUGAGGGAGGUUCUCCCUUCAGGUCAGCCCUCUUCGUCCAACAAAGCAUUCCUGCAGAGGCCGGCUUCCAUGACAACAUACAUGUGACAAGCUUCCGGUCCAUUGAGGCGGUCACCCAGCACCAGAGGACGUGUGCGGGGAGAAACGCCUUCCGGUCCAUUGACCACGGAAAGUACUGCCGCGCGGGAAAGCUGCGGGGAACGGGCCCGGGGGAUGGCCUCUUUGCGUGUGGCGAGUGCGGGAAGGCGUUCAGGCAGAGCUCCUCCCUGGCCCUGCACCGGCGCUGGCACACCCGGGAGAAGGCUUACAAAUGCCAUGAGUGCGGCAAAGCCUUCACCUGGAGCACCAACCUCAUGGAGCACCAGCGGAUCCACACCGGGGAGAAGCCCUUUUUCUGCAGCGAGUGCGGGAAGGCCUUCAGCUGCCACUCCUCCCUCAACGUACACCAGCGGAUCCACACCGGCGAGCGGCCCUACAAGUGCACGGCCUGCGAGAAGGCCUUCAGCUGCAGCUCGCUGCUCAACAUGCAUCUGCGCGUGCACACUGGCGAGAAGCCCUACCAGUGCGCCGAGUGCGGCAAGGCCUUCAACCAGAGGACACACCUCACGCGGCACCACAGGAUCCAUACCGGUGAGAAACCCUACAAGUGCAGCGCGUGCGGAAAGGCCUUCACGUGCCAUUCGUCCCUCACCGUGCAUGAAACGAUCCACAACGGAGAGAAGCCCUUCAAGUGCAGCGAGUGUGAGAAAGCCUUCAACAACCGCUCACGCCUCACCUUGCACCAGCGGAUCCACACGGGAGAGAAGCCCUUCAAGUGCAGCGACUGCGGUAAAGGCUUCAGCUGCCACUCGUACCUGAUCGUGCACCAGCGGAUCCACAGCGGGGAGAAGCCCUUCAAGUGCAACGAGUGUGGCAAGGCUUUCAGCUCCCACUCGUACCUCAUCGUGCACCAGCGGGUCCACACCGGCGAGAAGCCGUUCGACUGCAGCAGGUGCUGGAAGGCGUUUAGCUGUCACUCGUCUCUCAUUGUGCACCAGCGUAUCCACACCGGGGAGAAGCCCUACAAGUGUGCUGAGUGUGGCAAGGCCUUCAGUCAGAACCACUGUCUCAUCAAACAUCAGAAGAUCCACACUGGAGAGAAGUCACUGAAGUGUAAUGAGUGUGGUGAAAUGUUCAGCUGGAGCUCCCACCUCAUUGAGCACCAGAGACUGCACAGCCCAGAGAAGCCCUUUGCCGUCCAGUUCAGCAAGCACUUGCUGAGCACCUACUAUGUGCCGGGCAGUCUGCUCCACGCAGGGGGCCCUGGGCUGGGUGAUGUUGAUGCAGUCAGUGCAAUGGAUGUGGCAGAGCUGCUGUGUGCAGUGCAGCCCUCGCCCAGCAGGACGUUCCCCCUGGGGAACAAACCUGGAAAUUGAUGCAGGUUCUCCCUAGCUGCCACUUCCUUUGCCCCCCUCAGCAAAUGUGUUGCUCAUCUCUUCCCCAGAUGAGCCCAGAUGUGCCUCCAUGGCCUCAUUGCCUGUUCAGAUCAUCUACAUGCUGGGACUAGUCUGUAGUUAGAGCCAGUCCCCUCCCUGGGAAGGAAUGGGUGCCCCAGGAGGAGAGUUGCAGGCCAUUUGGAGCUGUUCGACACCCUGCUUCCUUGAUGGGUGGAAAAUCACUGACAAGGGGAAUCGGUCUUUCCUGACGAUUAAAAGAAGGUAUGUCAACUGUUGUGUCCUUGACAGACUCCUAACAUGAUUGUGAUCAGGAAUUUCCUCUGUAAACAGUUAUGUUUGGAAUGAAAAAGAAAAAACAGAAUACAGCAAUUGUUCUGAACACCAUUAUCUUCCUCACUAUUGCAAGUGAACAUUAUUAUAUUCCAGAAGGGGAGACUACCUUGGAUAGUGGAUUUUUGGAAAAAAGUGAAUUUCCUGGACUUAACCUCAUUUAAGUAGCUCUACUGCAGAGUCAUUCAUUAGUGUCGGUGUAGUCAGGGGGUUGGCCCUGCAGUGGCCACCUGAGCACAGCCUACCUUGGUAUAGGCAGGUCCUGACACACCUACAACGCACUUCACCCUUAGUAGUGGAAAAUUGGGAGCCUCAGGCAGAUGCCCCGCGCACGCAGGGAAGGUGGGCACAAUAUCGGGAUAGAUGUGUCUAGAAACUUCUGAAAGAAUGCCUUCACUGGCAGCUGCUGGGCGGGGCCAGCUGCACCAUUGAGGCACAUGUCACCAGCUUACUCAGAGGGGAGGAGUGCCUCCACAGAGGGGACUCAGGAGGGGACCCUCAGCUCCAGGGAGACAAUUUGAAAAAAUCACACUGCUAUACAAACCCCAGGCCCUGGCAGAGACCCUCGUGCUCCUAGCAGAGACAGGAAGACAUUGUUAACGUGGCAUCAAUGUUAUUUACUCCACUCUAAGCUAGUAUGAACUGCAUUUUCAGUGGUAAUACUUUACAUUUGUAUAGAAUACCAUAGUUUAUAAAGUGCUUUUAAAAUACUUUUUAAAUUAUUAAGGCAAUAGAACCACAUUUCAGAAAAUGUGGAAUUAAGGAUAAGCUCAUACUUCCUAAUAAAACUUCAUUUUGCACUUUGAUACAUGACCUUCUGCUUUUUUCAUAUUGCAUUUUUACAGUACAUUAGACACAGUGUCAAUAUCAUUUCUAUCUUUUCCUCACUUAGCUGCUCUUUGUAGUGGCAAUUCUGAGUGGAGGCAUAGUAUUGUGUCUAGUCUAUAGAUAAUCCUUUUGCUGGAUGUUGAUGUUAUUUACAUGUUUGUCACUAUUAUAAAUCAUUCUUAGCUGAGCAUCUUUUUGCAUCAUACUGUAUUUUUACACAAAUAAUGCAGGCCUUCUACAUUUGUUUGCUGGCCGUGCCCUCCCCCUCAAGGCACCCUCACAAGCGCCACCAUGCCAAUCCUCUUCCACAUAUUGCUGUAAAAAAAAUUAGCAUAGCACGCUUACGAAAAUACCUCAAGAGGGGCGGGCACGGCCGGCAAACUGGCUGGCAAACAAAUGCAGAAGGCAUGCGUCAUUUAUGUGAAAACACGGUACUUUAGUGUUUUCUUAGAUUUCUAGAACUGAAAAAUUUUAGGUAAAGGAGAUGAAUAUUUUUAAGGAAUAAUUUUCAUUUUUUUUUUUUGGUAGUGUGUUUACAGAGUACAGUUUCAUUGUUCAGCAAUCAGUUACCAAUAUUGGUGAGGUGGGAGGUCCCUUUGUUCCCAUCUCCCUGAGAUGGCCAUGUUAGAAGUCUGGCACCCAGAAUUAUCUUCUUUCACUGCCUGGUGACAACGUAGUGAUGAUUCCUGACCAUGGUGGCUGAAUCGCCUUCCUCAUUACGCGCCAGUGUUAUCAUAGUGCAGUCCUCAGGGCCGCUAUGAUAGUCUGAGACCCUUCCUCCCUGACAAACAUUAAAAAUGAUAUUUUACAACUUCGUUGGUAAAAGACAAAUAUAAUCUAGGCUGGACUCAUUAUUAUAUAUUCAUUAUUGUAAUGUUCAUUUUUCUUAUUUUAAAAGAAAUUAAAAUCGAAGCAUUUCCUGGAUUCUGUAGGUAUCCUGGGUCCCAGGCACCUUGCCUACGGGUCCUGCAGUGCUUUUGGUUUAAUAAGUUGAUAAUGGCAUCCUAUUUUUUUACUUUGCACCUUUGAUAAUGAAUGAGGUUGAAUAUUUUAAAUGUUUUUAAUAUUGAUCUCUCUUCUUAAAAAUUAUUUGAAUAUCCCUUUUGCCCCUCUUUCCAUUGGGGUCUUGAUAUUUUUCUUUUAUUUACAUAUAAGCAACUUUUUUCUGAUUAUAAGAGUAAUACAUGUAUAUUGAAGAAAUUUGAAAAAAUCAGAAAGCUAUAUAAAUAAAAUAUAAAAACAACCCUAAGUACCAGUAUCUGGAUCGUGACCUGGAGAUAAGUACUUUUUACUUUUUGAUGCAUUUCCUUCCCAUUUUUCCUAAGCAUGUUUAUGUGUUUUUUCUUUUAAAACAAAAUUGGAUUCAUACUCGACAUAUUAUUUUUAUUCUUUUCCAUUUAACAUUUUACAUGAGCAUUUUUCAUGUUAUAAAAUAUUUUUUAAAACAUUUUUAAUGGUUACUUCAUUUUCUAUCUUGUAGUUGUAUCAUGGUUUAUCUGUUCCUUUAUUGUUAAGCAUCAAGAUUGUUUAUACUUAUAAAUCAUUGUUGAACAUAACCCUGUUUGCCCACCUUUGAUUAUUUCCUCAGAGUAAAUUCUGAGAACUGGGAUUACUGGGAGAUGGUUAUGAACAUCGUAAGAUUGUUGGUAUUUCUUGAUUUCAUCCAGCAUGAUGGUCCUGACUUAUACUCUCACCAUCAGCGUUCUCUACACUCUUGCAACAGUUGGAGUUAUCUUCUCACUUAUGUUUGCCACUUUGAUAUGUUAAGAAUGUUAUUUGUUCACGCUUACUGAUUGUCUUAGUUAUCUAGUGCAGCUAGAACAGAAAUACCACAAGUGAAUGGCUUUAACACACAGAAAUUUAUUCUGUCACAGUUUAG